AUGAAAAUUGGAGAUGGGGAAGCUCCACAUGGGGAGCUUCAAAUUAUGCUAACGCAUAAUUUUAAGUUACUCCGGCCGGUAUGGAGUUUCAAGAUACAUAUGGUGAACCUUCCGACUGUCCAUGGACUUUCCGAUUGUCCAUGGACUUUCCGAUUGUCCAUGGACUUUCCGAUUGUCCAUGGACCUUCCGACUGUCCAUGGACUUUCCGACUGAAUCAAACAACUGUAAAAGAGUAA